CAGAGGCAGGUUGUUUGGUAGUUUCUACCGGACUUCCAGAAGAUGGGUACAGGUGGUGGGACACGAAUACCGCUAUGGAUAUCAAUAGUAGCACUUGCCUUCAUACAGAUAAAAGUUCAAGCCCAGGAUGAUGAGCAACAAACAAAAUCAAACUAUGCUUCUCCAUUGAUCCUGCAGCGACAAAAAAAUUUUCCACCAGCUUCAAAAUCCCAAGAAGUGACAAUCAUUCCACCAUUUCAAAACACACUGAGAUUAAAGGCUGGCAACCCUUCUCACAAUGGCCGUGUGUGCAGCACAUGGGGUAACUUCCACUUCAAGACCUUUGAUGGGGACAUCUUUUACUUCCCUGGGGUCUGCAAUUACAUCUUUGCAUCCAACUGCAAAUCUCCCUAUGAGGACUUCAACAUCCAGAUUAGACGUACAACAGUGGAAAAUGCUACCAUGAUCACUCAUGUCCUCAUGAAGCUGGAAGGAGCAGUGAUUGAACUGACCCGCAGCUCUGUCCUUCUUGAUGGCAAACCGGUUCAGAUGCCCUACAGCCAUAUGGGAGUCUUGAUAGAGAGAAGUAAUAGCUAUUUGAAAGUUUCUGCCAAGAUAGGACUGACCUUCCUUUGGAAUGAAGAGGAUGCCCUUCUGGUGGAACUAGAUAAGAAAUAUGCCAAUCAAACUUGUGGACUCUGUGGGGACUUCAAUGGAAUUCCAGUCAGCAAUGAAUUUAUUUUAGAGGAGACAAGGCUGACUCCCAUAGAGUUUGGGAAUAGACAGAAGAUUGAUGGACCCAUAGAACAGUGUGCUGAUCCUGUUCCUUCUGCUGUUCUAAUGAACUGCUCAGCUGAAUUUGCUUCUAUCUGUGAGACAGUAUUAACCAGUACAGCAUUUACAAGCUGUAAUGCACUUGUGAACAUUCAGGACUACAUUGAAACUUGCAUACAAGACUUAUGCCACUGUGAUAGCUCUAUGGCUGACUUCUGCAUGUGCAACACCUUUGCUGAAUACUCCCGGCAAUGUGCUCAUGCAGGUGGACAGCCUCUGAACUGGAGAACCUCAGAACUAUGUCCCAAAUCAUGUCCUUUCAACAUGCAAUACCAGGAGUGUGGGUCCCCCUGCUCUGAUACAUGUAGCAACCCGGAACGAUCUGCACUUUGUGAAGAUCACUGUACAGAUGGCUGCAUCUGUCCUCCAGGAAUGGUAUUUGAUGAUAUUAAUGGUGCUGGCUGCAUUCCCCGUAAAGAAUGUCAUUGUACCUAUGAAGGUGAAUCUUAUGCUCCUGGUGCCUCCUUCUCAUCUAAAUGCAGAUCAUGUACCUGUGCUGGAGGUGAAUGGUCUUGUGUCACCCAAUCAUGCCAUGGAACUUGCAGUAUUGAAGGAGGCUCCCAUAUCUCAACAUUUGAUGAAAAAUAUUAUUCCUUCUUCGGAGACUGUAGUUAUGUCCUAACCAAGCUCUGUAAUGGCAAUGAAUUCACUGUUCUGGGAGAUAUCUACAAGUGUGGCCUGACUGACACUGAGACAUGCCUAAAGGGUGUAACUGUUAGCCUAAGUGGAGGACAAACUAACAUUGUGAUCCAGCCUUCUGGCAGUGUAUUUGUAAACAUGAUCUACACACAGCUGCCAUUCUCUGCAGCAAAUGUCACCAUCUUUAGACCAUCAUCUUUCUUCAUCAUUCUGCAAACAACCUUUGGUCUUCAGCUACAGGUUCAGCUCGUGCCUCUCAUGCAACUUUUUAUAGACUUAGACCCAUCACAUAAAGGGCAGACCUGUGGUCUCUGUGGUAACUUCAAUGACAUGCAGACAGAUGAUUUCAAAAUCACCAGUGGUGUAAUAGAAGGUACUUCAGCUGUCUUUGGCAAUACUUGGAAAACACGGGCCAAUUGUCCUGAUGUCGAAAAUACCUUUGAGGACCCAUGUGCUGUCAGCAUACAAAAUGACCAGUAUGCUCAGCACUGGUGUGGACUGCUCUCCGAUACCAUGGGACCUUUUGCUGAAUGUCACUCAACAGUGAAUCCAGAAGUUUACCAGAAGAACUGCAUGUUUGACACAUGUAACUGUGAGAAGAGUGAGGACUGCAUGUGUGCUGCCCUUUCCAGCUAUGUGAGGGCCUGUGCUGCUAAAGGAGUUCUCCUCACCGGAUGGAGGAGCAAAGCCUGCACAAAAUACACCACCUUGUGUCCGAAAUCCUUGGAGUACACUUACAAUGUUGAUUCCUGUCAACCCACCUGCCGGUCUCUGAGUGAGCCUGAUGUCACAUGCAACAUCAAGUUUAUCCCAGUUGAUGGCUGCACCUGCAUAAAUGGAACCUACAUGGAUGAAAGUGGCAAAUGUGUGCCUACUUCUAGCUGUCCUUGUUACUACAAAGGAAUGCCUCUGUCUACUGGAGAAGUUAUUCACGACAAUGGUGUUGUCUGCACUUGCACCUAUGGAAAGCUGAGCUGUAUUGGUGAGAAACCUGAACCAGUCUGCAUACCUCCCAUGGUCUAUAUUGACUGUGGAAAUGCCACUGCAGAUGUGGUAGGAGCAGGAUGCCAGAAGAGCUGUCAGACAUUAGAUAUGGAAUGUUACAAAACACACUGUGUCUCUGGCUGUGUAUGUCCUCAUAAUCAAGUGUUAGAUGGCAAAGGUGGCUGUAUAGCUCCAGAGGACUGUCCAUGUGUUCACAAUGGGAAUUCCUACACUCCAGGCGAAUCAAUCAGAGUUGGCUGUAACAACUGCACAUGUAGAAACAGAAAAUGGCACUGCUCUGAGGAACCUUGCCUGGAAACCUGUUCUGUUUAUGGAGAUGGGCAUUACACCACCUUUGAUGGCAAACGCUUUGAUUUUGAAGGAGACUGUGAAUAUGUUCUGGUCCAGAACUAUUGUGGUCAACAAGGUAUGAAUCAGGGAACAUUCAGAGUCAUCACUGAGAACAUUCCAUGCGGUACUACUGGAACCACCUGCUCCAAGUCCAUUAAAGUUUUCCUGGGGAACUAUGAGCUGAUACUCAGUGGUGGACACUCUGAUGUUAUCCAGAGGACACCUGGAGGAAAAAUGCCAUUCCAAAUCCGUUCCAUGGGCAUCUACCUGGUGGUUGACACUACUGUUGGUCUGAUACUCAUGUGGGACAGAAAAACCAGUAUAUUCAUCAAACUUAGUCCCAGCUUUGAGGGACAUGUCUGUGGACUUUGUGGAAACUAUGAUGGCAAUGGAAAUAAUGACUUCACAACUCGCAGUCAGUCUGUGGUAGGAAAUGUGCUGGAAUUUGCCAACAGCUGGAAAGUGUCUUCUAGUUGCCCAAAUGCCAAUCGUACCAAGGACCCAUGCACUGCAAACCCAUACAGGAAAGCCUGGGCACAGAAGCAGUGCAGUAUCAUUACCAGUGAAGUGUUUGCAAAGUGUCACUCACAGGUUGAACCAAAUGAAUAUUAUGAAGCAUGCGUAGAUGAUGCUUGUGCCUGUGAUACUGGAGGAGACUGUGAAUGUUUCUGUACAGCAGUAGCUGCCUAUGCUCAAGCAUGCAAUGAGCUGGACAUCUGCAUUUCAUGGAGAACCCCAUCCAUUUGUCCUUUGUUCUGCGAUUACUACAAUCCACAAGGGGAAUGUGAGUGGCACUACAAGCCAUGUGGAGCCCCUUGUAUGAAAACCUGCAAUAACCCAAGUGGGAAUUGCCUUCAUGAGUUGAGAGGCCUUGAAGGCUGCUAUCCACACUGUCCAAAGAAUAAGCCAUAUUUUGAUGAAGAAACCAUGACCUGUGUUUCUAAUUGUGGUUGUUAUGAAAAUGGAAAAAAUUACAAACCAGGAAUGCAGAUGCCUUCAAAGCAGAAUUGUCAUUUAUGUGAAUGCACAAAUCAUGGCAAAAAAUGCAAGUACGAUGAAGAUGAAUGUGUCUGCGUUUAUGAGGGACAGAACUACAACUAUAAAGAUGUGAUCUACAAUACUACAGAUGGCACAGGAGGAUGUAUUGUCGCAACCUGUGGUCCCAAUGGAACACUUCAAAGGGCUGUCUAUGAAUGUCCAACCUCAACAUCACCCACAACAGCAACAACAUUUCACUUCAGCACUACGCCACCUGCCACCGCUUCCACAGUGUCUCCAACUACAUCAGUAUGUGUUCAUGAAGUCUGUGAUUGGUCAGAAUGGUAUGAUGGGAGUCUGCAAACCCCUGGCUAUGAUGGUGGAGAUUUUGAAACAUUUGAUGAUUUGAGAGCUAAAGGUUAUGAAGUCUGUAAGACUCCACGGGCUGUUCAAUGCAGAGCAGAGAAAUUCCCCAAUAUACCACUGAAAGACCUUGGCCAAAAAGUAGAAUGUAGUACAACAGCUGGGCUUAUAUGUUACAACAAAGAUCAAAUUUCAACAAUGUGCGACAAUUAUGAAAUCAGAAUCUUAUGCUGUCAAUUUGUACCAUGCUCUUCCACAACACAUUUCAGCAUGUCAACACCAAUCAUACCACCAGCUAAAAGCACAGAAACAUCAAGUCCAACUGAAGAAACUACAUUAUUUUCAACCACUCUCUCACCAGUUACUCUAACUUCUGAAAGUACAACAUUUGCACCUUCAGCUACUAGAGAAACAACCACACUCACAAGUGAAAUGACAACACCUGUCACCACUUCUCCUUCAGCAGCUAUUUGUACUAAAGAAGAAUGCUACUGGUCAAAGUGGUAUGAUGUAAGUUAUCCAGGGUCUGGAUAUGAAGAUGGAGAUUUUGACACAAUUCAGAACAUUGAAAAAAAGGGUUACAAAGUCUGUGAAAACAGAAAGGAUGUUGAAUGCAGAGCAGUAAGGUUCCCUAAUACACCAUAUCCCCUCCUGGAGCAACACAUAACAUGUAGCACAGAAGAAGGGUUGAAAUGUUACAAUAAAGACCAACUGCCACCCAUCUGCUAUAAUUACAAACUAAGAUUUAAAUGCUGCAAAAAUAUGACAGUACCAUGCCAGCCAACUGCAUCACCUCAAAGAACAACACAGACAUCAGAAACUACUCCAGUUUUCUCAACAACUCUAAUAACAUCAUCCACAGAAGUAUCAACACCGUAUUUCCAAACAAAACAUAAGGUAACAACAGCAUCAACAGCUCCACCAGAAACAGGAUAUAUUCAUACAAGAAUUACAUCACAAACAACAACACAAUCCCAAAGAGAAACAGAGACAACAAAGGCAUCAAUCCCCAUAUACUACUCCUCUACCACGCAGCCCACCUCUUCAGAAAUCAUAUCGCAAACCUACGCCAGCACCACCAGCCCCACAGGAACACCUACCACUUACUACCCCAGCGUGACCUCGCCCACCACCACGUCCACUACCGCCUGUGAGCCCGAGGUGUGCUCCUGGAGCGAAUGGUUCGACGUCGACUUCCCCUCCUCGGGGCCCAACCAGGGAGACUUCGAAACCUACCAGCGCAUCCGCGCCGCCGGCAAGGAAGUCUGUCAACGUCCAAAGGAUAUAGAGUGCCGGGCGGAGGACUACCCCGAGGUCUCCAUCCAGCAGGUCGGACAGGUGGUGCAGUGCGACGUCCACUUUGGGCUGGUGUGCAAGAACGAAGACCAGACUGGCAAGUCGAAGAUGUGCCUCAACUACAGGAUCCGCGUCCUCUGCUGCACCCCGAACUACAACUGCCCAAGCAGCACCUCCUUCCCAGCCACCAGCCCUACCAGCACCGUCACCCGCACUGCCCCAACAUCCUCCAGUGUCACGACCUCCACCUCCACAUACCACUCCUCUACCACGCAGCCCACCUCUUCAGAAAUCAUAUCGCAAACCUACGCCAGCACCACCAGCCCCACAGCGACGCCUACCAUUUACUACCCCAGCGUGACCUCGCCCACCACCACGUCCACUACCGCCUGUGAGCCCGAGGUGUGCUCCUGGAGCGAAUGGUUCGACGUCGACUUCCCCUCCUCGGGGCCCAACCAGGGAGACUUCGAAACCUACCAGCGCAUCCGCGCCGCCGGCAAGGAAGUCUGUCAACGUCCAAAGGAUAUCGAGUGCCGGGCGGAGGACUACCCCGAGGUCUCCAUCCAGCAGGUCGGACAGGUGGUGCAGUGCGACGUCCACUUUGGGCUGGUGUGCAAGAACGAAGACCAGACUGGCAAGUCGAAGAUGUGCCUCAACUACAGGAUCCGCGUCCUCUGCUGCACCCCGAACUACAACUGCCCAAGCAGCACCUCCUUCCCAGCCACCAGCCCUACCAGCACCGUCACCCGCACUGCCCCAACAUCCUCCAGUGUCACGACCUCCACCUCCACAUACCACUCCUCUACCACGCAGCCCACCUCUUCAGAAAUCAUAUCGCAAACCUACGCCAGCACCACCAGCCCCACAGCGACGCCUACCAUUUACUACCCCAGCGUGACCUCGCCCACCACCACGUCCACUACCGCCUGUGAGCCCGAGGUGUGCUCCUGGAGCGAAUGGUUCGACGUCUACUUCCCCUCCUCGGGGCCCAACCAGGGAGACUUCGAAACCUACCAGCGCAUCCGCGCCGCCGGCAAGGAAGUCUGUCAACGUCCAAAGGAUAUCGAGUGCCGGGCGGAGGACUACCCCGAGGUCUCCAUCCAGCAGGUCGGACAGGUGGUGCAGUGCGACGUCCACUUUGGGCUGGUGUGCAAGAACGAAGACCAGACUGGCAAGUCGAAGAUGUGCCUCAACUACAGGAUCCGCGUCCUCUGCUGCACCCCGAACUACAACUGCCCAAGCAGCACCUCCUUCCCAGCCACCAGCCCUACCAGCACCGUCACCCGCACUGCCCCAACAUCCUCCAGUGUCACGACCUCCACCUCCACAUACCACUCCUCUACCACGCAGCCCACCUCUUCAGAAAUCAUAUCGCAAACCUACGCCAGCACCACCAGCCCCACAGCGACGCCUACCAUUUACUACCCCAGCGUGACCUCGCCCACCACCACGUCCACUACCGCCUGUGAGCCCGAGGUGUGCUCCUGGAGCGAAUGGUUCGACGUCGACUUCCCCUCCUCGGGGCCCAACCAGGGAGACUUCGAAACCUACCAGCGCAUCCGCGCCGCCGGCAAGGAAGUCUGUCAACGUCCAAAGGAUAUAGAGUGCCGGGCGGAGGACUACCCCGAGGUCUCCAUCCAGCAGGUCGGACAGGUGGUGCAGUGCGACGUCCACUUUGGGCUGGUGUGCAAGAACGAAGACCAGACUGGCAAGUCGAAGAUGUGCCUCAACUACAGGAUCCGCGUCCUCUGCUGCACCCCGAACUACAACUGCCCAAGCAGCACCUCCUUCCCAGCCACCAGCCCUACCAGCACCGUCACCCGCACUGCCCCAACAUCCUCCAGUGUCACGACCUCCACCUCCACAUACCACUCCUCUACCACGCAGCCCACCUCUUCAGAAAUCAUAUCGCAAACCUACGCCAGCACCACCAGCCCCACAGCGACGCCUACCAUUUACUACCCCAGCGUGACCUCGCCCACCACCACGUCCACUACCGCCUGUGAGCCCGAGGUGUGCUCCUGGAGCGAAUGGUUCGACGUCGACUUCCCCUCCUCGGGGCCCAACCAGGGAGACUUCGAAACCUACCAGCGCAUCCGCGCCGCCGGCAAGGAAGUCUGUCAACGUCCAAAGGAUAUAGAGUGCCGGGCGGAGGACUACCCCGAGGUCUCCAUCCAGCAGGUCGGACAGGUGGUGCAGUGCGACGUCCACUUUGGGCUGGUGUGCAAGAACGAAGACCAGACUGGCAAGUCGAAGAUGUGCCUCAACUACAGGAUCCGCGUCCUCUGCUGCACCCCGAACUACAACUGCCCAAGCAGCACCUCCUUCCCAGCCACCAGCCCUACCAGCACCGUCACCCGCACUGCCCCAACAUCCUCCAGUGUCACGACCUCCACCUCCACAUACCACUCCUCUACCACGCAGCCCACCUCUUCAGAAAUCAUAUCGCAAACCUACGCCAGCACCACCAGGCCCACAGCGACGCCUACCAUUUACUACCCCAGCGUGACCUCGCCCACCACCACGUCCACUACCGCCUGUGAGCCCGAGGUGUGCUCCUGGAGCGAAUGGUUCGACGUCGACUUCCCCUCCUCGGGGCCCAACCAGGGAGACUUCGAAACCUACCAGCGCAUCCGCGCCGCCGGCAAGGAAGUCUGUCAACGUCCAAAGGAUAUCGAGUGCCGGGCGGAGGACUACCCCGAGGUCUCCAUCCAGCAGGUCGGACAGGUGGUGCAGUGCGACGUCCACUUUGGGCUGGUGUGCAAGAACGAAGACCAGACUGGCAAGUCGAAGAUGUGCCUCAACUACAGGAUCCGCGUCCUCUGCUGCACCCCGAACUACAACUGCCCAAGCAGCACCUCCUUCCCAGCCACCAGCCCUACCAGCACCGUCACCCGCACUGCCCCAACAUCCUCCAGUGUCACGACCUCCACCUCCACAUACCACUCCUCUACCACGCAGCCCACCUCUUCAGAAAUCAUAUCGCAAACCUACGCCAGCACCACCAGCCCCACAGCGACGCCUACCAUUUACUACCCCAGCGUGACCUCGCCCACCACCACGUCCACUACCGCCUGUGAGCCCGAGGUGUGCUCCUGGAGCGAAUGGUUCGACGUCGACUUCCCCUCCUCGGGGCCCAACCAGGGAGACUUCGAAACCUACCAGCGCAUCCGCGCCGCCGGCAAGGAAGUCUGUCAACGUCCAAAGGAUAUCGAGUGCCGGGCGGAGGACUACCCCGAGGUCUCCAUCCAGCAGGUCGGACAGGUGGUGCAGUGCGACGUCCACUUUGGGCUGGUGUGCAAGAACGAAGACCAGACUGGCAAGUCGAAGAUGUGCCUCAACUACAGGAUCCGCGUCCUCUGCUGCACCCCGAACUACAACUGCCCAAGCAGCACCUCCUUCCCAGCCACCAGCCCUACCAGCACCGUCACCCGCACUGCCCCAACAUCCUCCAGUGUCACGACCUCCACCUCCACAUACCACUCCUCUACCACGCAGCCCACCUCUUCAGAAAUCAUAUCGCAAACCUACGCCAGCACCACCAGCCCCACAGCGACGCCUACCAUUUACUACCCCAGCGUGACCUCGCCCACCACCACGUCCACUACCGCCUGUGAGCCCGAGGUGUGCUCCUGGAGCGAAUGGUUCAACGUCGACUUCCCCUCCUCGGGGCCCAACCAGGGAGACUUCGAAACCUACCAGCGCAUCCGCGCCGCCGGCAAGGAAGUCUGUCAACGUCCAAAGGAUAUAGAGUGCCGGGCGGAGGACUACCCCGAGGUCUCCAUCCAGCAGGUCGGACAGGUGGUGCAGUGCGACGUCCACUUUGGGCUGGUGUGCAAGAACGAAGACCAGACUGGCAAGUCGAAGAUGUGCCUCAACUACAGGAUCCGCGUCCUCUGCUGCACCCCGAACUACAACUGCCCAAGCAGCACCUCCUUCCCAGCCACCAGCCCUACCAGCACCGUCACCCGCACUGCCCCAACAUCCUCCAGUGUCACGACCUCCACCUCCACAUACCACUCCUCUACCACGCAGCCCACCUCUUCAGAAAUCAUAUCGCAAACCUACGCCAGCACCACCAGCCCCACAGCGACGCCUACCAUUUACUACCCCAGCGUGACCUCGCCCACCACCACGUCCACUACCGCCUGUGAGCCCGAGGUGUGCUCCUGGAGCGAAUGGUUCGACGUCGACUUCCCCUCCUCGGGGCCCAACCAGGGAGACUUCGAAACCUACCAGCGCAUCCGCGCCGCCGGCAAGGAAGUCUGUCAACGUCCAAAGGAUAUCGAGUGCCGGGCGGAGGACUACCCCGAGGUCUCCAUCCAGCAGGUCGGACAGGUGGUGCAGUGCGACGUCCACUUUGGGCUGGUGUGCAAGAACGAAGACCAGACUGGCAAGUCGAAGAUGUGCCUCAACUACAGGAUCCGCGUCCUCUGCUGCACCCCGAACUACAACUGCCCAAGCAGCACCUCCUUCCCAGCCACCAGCCCUACCAGCACCGUCACCCGCACUGCCCCAACAUCCUCCAGUGUCACGACCUCCACCUCCACAUACCACUCCUCUACCACGCAGCCCACCUCUUCAGAAAUCAUAUCGCAAACCUACGCCAGCACCACCAGCCCCACAGCGACGCCUACCAUUUACUACCCCAGCGUGACCUCGCCCACCACCACGUCCACUACCGCCUGUGAGCCCGAGGUGUGCUCCUGGAGCGAAUGGUUCGACGUCGACUUCCCCUCCUCGGGGCCCAACCAGGGAGACUUCGAAACCUACCAGCGCAUCCGCGCCGCCGGCAAGGAAGUCUGUCAACGUCCAAAGGAUAUCGAGUGCCGGGCGGAGGACUACCCCGAGGUCUCCAUCCAGCAGGUCGGACAGGUGGUGCAGUGCGACGUCCACUUUGGGCUGGUGUGCAAGAACGAAGACCAGACUGGCAAGUCGAAGAUGUGCCUCAACUACAGGAUCCGCGUCCUCUGCUGCACCCCGAACUACAACUGCCCAAGCAGCACCUCCUUCCCAGCCACCAGCCCUACCAGCACCGUCACCCGCACUGCCCCAACAUCCUCCAGUGUCACGACCUCCACCUCCACAUACCACUCCUCUACCACGCAGCCCACCUCUUCAGAAAUCAUAUCGCAAACCUACGCCAGCACCACCAGCCCCACAGCGACGCCUACCAUUUACUACCCCAGCGUGACCUCGCCCACCACCACGUCCACUACCGCCUGUGAGCCCGAGGUGUGCUCCUGGAGCGAAUGGUUCGACGUCUACUUCCCCUCCUCGGGGCCCAACCAGGGAGACUUCGAAACCUACCAGCGCAUCCGCGCCGCCGGCAAGGAAGUCUGUCAACGUCCAAAGGAUAUCGAGUGCCGGGCGGAGGACUACCCCGAGGUCUCCAUCCAGCAGGUCGGACAGGUGGUGCAGUGCGACGUCCACUUUGGGCUGGUGUGCAAGAACGAAGACCAGACUGGCAAGUCGAAGAUGUGCCUCAACUACAGGAUCCGCGUCCUCUGCUGCACCCCGAACUACAACUGCCCAAGCAGCACCUCCUUCCCAGCCACCAGCCCUACCAGCACCGUCACCCGCACUGCCCCAACAUCCUCCAGUGUCACGACCUCCACCUCCACAUACCACUCCUCUACCACGCAGCCCACCUCUUCAGAAAUCAUAUCGCAAACCUACGCCAGCACCACCAGCCCCACAGCGACGCCUACCAUUUACUACCCCAGCGUGACCUCGCCCACCACCACGUCCACUACCGCCUGUGAGCCCGAGGUGUGCUCCUGGAGCGAAUGGUUCGACGUCGACUUCCCCUCCUCGGGGCCCAACCAGGGAGACUUCGAAACCUACCAGCGCAUCCGCGCCGCCGGCAAGGAAGUCUGUCAACGUCCAAAGGAUAUAGAGUGCCGGGCGGAGGACUACCCCGAGGUCUCCAUCCAGCAGGUCGGACAGGUGGUGCAGUGCGACGUCCACUUUGGGCUGGUGUGCAAGAACGAAGACCAGACUGGCAAGUCGAAGAUGUGCCUCAACUACAGGAUCCGCGUCCUCUGCUGCACCCCGAACUACAACUGCCCAAGCAGCACCUCCUUCCCAGCCACCAGCCCUACCAGCACCGUCACCCGCACUGCCCCAACAUCCUCCAGUGUCACGACCUCCACCUCCACAUACCACUCCUCUACCACGCAGCCCACCUCUUCAGAAAUCAUAUCGCAAACCUACGCCAGCACCACCAGCCCCACAGCGACGCCUACCAUUUACUACCCCAGCGUGACCUCGCCCACCACCACGUCCACUACCGCCUGUGAGCCCGAGGUGUGCUCCUGGAGCGAAUGGUUCGACGUCUACUUCCCCUCCUCGGGGCCCAACCAGGGAGACUUCGAAACCUACCAGCGCAUCCGCGCCGCCGGCAAGGAAGUCUGUCAACGUCCAAAGGAUAUCGAGUGCCGGGCGGAGGACUACCCCGAGGUCUCCAUCCAGCAGGUCGGACAGGUGGUGCAGUGCGACGUCCACUUUGGGCUGGUGUGCAAGAACGAAGACCAGACUGGCAAGUCGAAGAUGUGCCUCAACUACAGGAUCCGCGUCCUCUGCUGCACCCCGAACUACAACUGCCCAAGCAGCACCUCCUUCCCAGCCACCAGCCCUACCAGCACCGUCACCCGCACUGCCCCAACAUCCUCCAGUGUCACGACCUCCACCUCCACAUACCACUCCUCUACCACGCAGCCCACCUCUUCAGAAAUCAUAUCGCAAACCUACGCCAGCACCACCAGCCCCACAGCGACGCCUACCAUUUACUACCCCAGCGUGACCUCGCCCACCACCACGUCCACUACCGCCUGUGAGCCCGAGGUGUGCUCCUGGAGCGAAUGGUUCGACGUCUACUUCCCCUCCUCGGGGCCCAACCAGGGAGACUUCGAAACCUACCAGCGCAUCCGCGCCGCCGGCAAGGAAGUCUGUCAACGUCCAAAGGAUAUCGAGUGCCGGGCGGAGGACUACCCCGAGGUCUCCAUCCAGCAGGUCGGACAGGUGGUGCAGUGCGACGUCCACUUUGGGCUGGUGUGCAAGAACGAAGACCAGACUGGCAAGUCGAAGAUGUGCCUCAACUACAGGAUCCGCGUCCUCUGCUGCACCCUGAACUACAACUGCCCAAGCAGCACCUCCUUCCCAGCCACCAGCCCUACCAGCACCGUCACCCGCACUGCCCCAACAUCCUCCAGUGUCACGACCUCCACCUCCACAUACCACUCCUCUACCACGCAGCCCACCUCUUCAGAAAUCAUAUCGCAAACCUACGCCAGCACCACCAGCCCCACAGCGACGCCUACCAUUUACUACCCCAGCGUGACCUCGCCCACCACCACGUCCACUACCGCCUGUGAGCCCGAGGUGUGCUCCUGGAGCGAAUGGUUCGACGUCGACUUCCCCUCCUCGGGGCCCAACCAGGGAGACUUCGAAACCUACCAGCGCAUCCGCGCCGCCGGCAAGGAAGUCUGUCAACGUCCAGAGGAUAUCGAGUGCCGGGCGGAGGACUACCCCGAGGUCUCCAUCCAGCAGGUCGGACAGGUGGUGCAGUGCGACGUCCACUUUGGGCUGGUGUGCAAGAACGAAGACCAGACUGGCAAGUCGAAGAUGUGCCUCAACUACAGGAUCCGCGUCCUCUGCUGCACCCCGAACUACAACUGCCCAAGCAGCACCUCCUUCCCAGCCACCAGCCCUACCAGCACCGUCACCCGCACUGCCCCAACAUCCUCCAGUGUCACGACCUCCACCUCCACAUACCACUCCUCUACCACGCAGCCCACCUCUUCAGAAAUCAUAUCGCAAACCUACGCCAGCACCACCAGCCCCACAGCGACGCCUACCAUUUACUACCCCAGCGUGACCUCGCCCACCACCACGUCCACUACCGCCUGUGAGCCCGAGGUGUGCUCCUGGAGCGAAUGGUUCGACGUCUACUUCCCCUCCUCGGGGCCCAACCAGGGAGACUUCGAAACCUACCAGCGCAUCCGCGCCGCCGGCAAGGAAGUCUGUCAACGUCCAAAGGAUAUCGAGUGCCGGGCGGAGGACUACCCCGAGGUCUCCAUCCAGCAGGUCGGACAGGUGGUGCAGUGCGACGUCCACUUUGGGCUGGUGUGCAAGAACGAAGACCAGACUGGCAAGUCGAAGAUGUGCCUCAACUACAGGAUCCGCGUCCUCUGCUGCACCCCGAACUACAACUGCCCAAGCAGCACCUCCUUCCCAGCCACCAGCCCUACCAGCACCGUCACCCGCACUGCCCCAACAUCCUCCAGUGUCACGACCUCCACCUCCACAUACCACUCCUCUACCACGCAGCCCACCUCUUCAGAAAUCAUAUCGCAAACCUACGCCAGCACCACCAGCCCCACAGCGACGCCUACCAUUUACUACCCCAGCGUGACCUCGCCCACCACCACGUCCACUACCGCCUGUGAGCCCGAGGUGUGCUCCUGGAGCGAAUGGUUCGACGUCGACUUCCCCUCCUCGGGGCCCAACCAGGGAGACUUCGAAACCUACCAGCGCAUCCGCGCCGCCGGCAAGGAAGUCUGUCAACGUCCAAAGGAUAUCGAGUGCCGGGCGGAGGACUACCCCGAGGUCUCCAUCCAGCAGGUCGGACAGGUGGUGCAGUGCGACGUCCACUUUGGGCUGGUGUGCAAGAACGAAGACCAGACUGGCAAGUCGAAGAUGUGCCUCAACUACAGGAUCCGCGUCCUCUGCUGCACCCCGAACUACAACUGCCCAAGCAGCACCUCCUUCCCAGCCACCAGCCCUACCAGCACCGUCACCCGCACUGCCCCAACAUCCUCCAGUGUCACGACCUCCACCUCCACAUACCACUCCUCUACCACGCAGCCCACCUCUUCAGAAAUCAUAUCGCAAACCUACGCCAGCACCACCAGCCCCACAGCGACGCCUACCAUUUACUACCCCAGCGUGACCUCCCCCACCACCACGUCCACUACCGCCUGUGAGCCCGAGGUGUGCUCCUGGAGCGAAUGGUUCGACGUCGACUUCCCCUCCUCGGGGCCCAACCAGGGAGACUUCGAAACCUACCAGCGCAUCCGCGCCGCCGGCAAGGAAGUCUGUCAACGUCCAAAGGAUAUCGAGUGCCGGGCGGAGGACUACCCCGAGGUCUCCAUCCAGCAGGUCGGACAGGUGGUGCAGUGCGACGUCCACUUUGGGCUGGUGUGCAAGAACGAAGACCAGAUUGGCAAGUCGAAGAUGUGCCUCAACUACAGGAUCCGCGUCCUCUGCUGCACCCCGAACUACAACUGCCCAAGCAGCACCUCCUUCCCAGCCACCAGCCCUACCAGCACCGUCACCCGCACUGCCCCAACAUCCUCCAGUGUCACGACCUCCACCUCCACAUACCACUCCUCUACCACGCAGCCCACCUCUUCAGAAAUCAUAUCGCAAACCUACGCCAGCACCACCAGCCCCACAGCGACGCCUACCAUUUACUACCCCAGCGUGACCUCGCCCACCACCACGUCCACUACCGCCUGUGAGCCCGAGGUGUGCUCCUGGAGCGAAUGGUUCGACGUCGACUUCCCCUCCUCGGGGCCCAACCAGGGAGACUUCGAAACCUACCAGCGCAUCCGCGCCGCCGGCAAGGAAGUCUGUCAACGUCCAAAGGAUAUCGAGUGCCGGGCGGAGGACUACCCCGAGGUCUCCAUCCAGCAGGUCGGACAGGUGGUGCAGUGCGACGUCCACUUUGGGCUGGUGUGCAAGAACGAAGACCAGACUGGCAAGUCGAAGAUGUGCCUCAACUACAGGAUCCGCGUCCUCUGCUGCACCCCGAACUACAACUGCCCAAGCAGCACCUCCUUCCCAGCCACCAGCCCUACCAGCACCGUCACCCGCACUGCCCCAACAUCCUCCAGUGUCACGACCUCCACCUCCACAUACCACUCCUCUACCACGCAGCCCACCUCUUCAGAAAUCAUAUCGCAAACCUACGCCAGCACCACCAGCCCCACAGCGACGCCUACCAUUUACUACCCCAGCGUGACCUCGCCCACCACCACGUCCACUACCGCCUGUGAGCCCGAGGUGUGCUCCUGGAGCGAAUGGUUCGACGUCGACUUCCCCUCCUCGGGGCCCAACCAGGGAGACUUCGAAACCUACCAGCGCAUCCGCGCCGCCGGCAAGGAAGUCUGUCAACGUCCAAAGGAUAUCGAGUGCCGGGCGGAGGACUACCCCGAGGUCUCCAUCCAGCAGGUCGGACAGGUGGUGCAGUGCGACGUCCACUUUGGGCUGGUGUGCAAGAACGAAGACCAGACUGGCAAGUCGAAGAUGUGCCUCAACUACAGGAUCCGCGUCCUCUGCUGCACCCCGAACUACAACUGCCCAAGCAGCACCUCCUUCCCAGCCACCAGCCCUACCAGCACCGUCACCCGCACUGCCCCAACAUCCUCCAGUGUCACGACCUCCACCUCCACAUACCACUCCUCUACCACGCAGCCCACCUCUUCAGAAAUCAUAUCGCAAACCUACGCCAGCACCACCAGCCCCACAGCGACGCCUACCAUUUACUACCCCAGCGUGACCUCCCCCACCACCACGUCCACUACCGCCUGUGAGCCCGAGGUGUGCUCCUGGAGCGAAUGGUUCGACGUCGACUUCCCCUCCUCGGGGCCCAACCAGGGAGACUUCGAAACCUACCAGCGCAUCCGCGCCGCCGGCAAGGAAGUCUGUCAACGUCCAAAGGAUAUCGAGUGCCGGGCGGAGGACUACCCCGAGGUCUCCAUCCAGCAGGUCGGACAGGUGGUGCAGUGCGACGUCCACUUUGGGCUGGUGUGCAAGAACGAAGACCAGACUGGCAAGUCGAAGAUGUGCCUCAACUACAGGAUCCGCGUCCUCUGCUGCACCCCGAACUACAACUGCCCAAGCAGCACCUCCUUCCCAGCCACCAGCCCUACCAGCACCGUCACCCGCACUGCCCCAACAUCCUCCAGUGUCACGACCUCCACCUCCACAUACCACUCCUCUACCACGCAGCCCACCUCUUCAGAAAUCAUAUCGCAAACCUACGCCAGCACCACCAGCCCCACAGCGACGCCUACCAUUUACUACCCCAGCGUGACCUCCCCCACCACCACGUCCACUACCGCCUGUGAGCCCGAGGUGUGCUCCUGGAGCGAAUGGUUCGACGUCGACUUCCCCUCCUCGGGGCCCAACCAGGGAGACUUCGAAACCUACCAGCGCAUCCGCGCCGCCGGCAAGGAAGUCUGUCAACGUCCAAAGGAUAUCGAGUGCCGGGCGGAGGACUACCCCGAGGUCUCCAUCCAGCAGGUCGGACAGGUGGUGCAGUGCGACGUCCACUUUGGGCUGGUGUGCAAGAACGAAGACCAGACUGGCAAGUCAAAGAUGUGCCUCAACUACAGGAUCCGCGUCCUCUGCUGCACCCCGAACUACAACUGCCCAAGCAGCACCUCCUUCCCAAUGACCAGCCUCACUACCAGUAGUGCCACAUCUGCGUCUUCUUCUACCAGCACUUCUUCUACCCCUAUAUCAACACCAUGUUUCUGCAAAAUUGGCAGUGUUUUUUUUUCACCUGGUGAAGUGAUUUACAACCGUACAGAUAGUGACGGAUGUAGAUUUUAUGCCAUCUGUAGUCCAACUUGUAUUGUUCAACGACACGCUGUGGAUUGUAACGUUACUCCUCCUCUAACCACUACGUCUCCUGAAUGGUCUACCAUAACAACAACAGUUCCUCUGCCUACAACUUCUGGAAGGCUUCCUUUUCCUGGUUGUGUGUCUGCUACUUACCCUCCUCUUCAACCUGGACAAAGAUACAAAUUAUCCAACUGUACAGAACUCAUCUGUAAGGGAGACAACAAGGUAGAAGUAAUUCCAACGCACUGCCCACCUGUAAAGGAAAUUACCUGUGCAAACAAAUAUCCAGCAAUACUGGUACCUGAUGAAAAUGGCUGCUGUUAUCAUUAUGAAUGUCAAUGUGUGUGCAGUGGAUGGGGUGAUCCACAUUAUAUUACUUUUGAUGGAACCUACUAUACUUUCCUUGAAAACUGUACUUACGUCCUGGUGAAACAGAUUGUGCCUAAAUAUGACAACUUCCGUGUUUACAUUGACAAUUAUUACUGCGAUUCAGAAGAUGGACUUUCCUGCCCUAAAUCCAUUAUUAUUUUCUAUAAAUCUGCAGAAGUGCUGCUGACCCGUAAACUCAUGAAUGGUGUGAUGACCAAUGUGAUGUACUUCAACCACAAGAUUGUCAAACCAGGUUUCAAAAAAGAUGGCAUUUCUUUCUCAACACUUGGCAUCAACAUGAUUGUUGAAAUACCAGAGAUUGGUGCAACCAUCACCUUUAGUGGGCUGAUUUUCUCUGUGAAACUUCCAUACAGCAAAUUUGGCAACAACACCGAAGGACAGUGUGGAACAUGUACAAACAAUAAAGCAGAUGAAUGCCGCUUACCAAAUGGUAAGAUCAUUUCUUCCUGUCCCCAAAUGGCUCAUCACUGGAUUGUUGAUAACAACAAGUCAUGCCAUGGAGUACCAAUACCACCAGUUGUAACUACACCUCCACCAAAGCCUCACUGUGGAAUACCUUCUCUUUGCAACCUUAUCUGGAGCGAGAUUUUUGCAGAAUGCCAUGCUGUAAUACCACCAGAACCAUUUUUCAAAGGCUGUGUUUUUGAUGGAUGUCGUAUAGCUGAUGAAUCCAUGCAGUGCUCCAGUUUGGAGAUAUAUGCUACAGAGUGUGCUGCUAGAGGUGUCUGCAUUGACUGGAGAGGAAAGACCAACAAUACAUGCUCAUACAACUGUCCAUCAAGCUUGGUAUACAAGCCAUGUGGACCCAUUAAUCCUGCUACCUGUGAUCCAAGCUUUGUUGAGCUUCCUGGCUAUGGAGUAACUGAAGGAUGUUUCUGUCCUGAAGGAAAGACACUCAUGAGUGAAGAUAGCAACAUCUGUGUCUCUGAAUGCUCUUGCAGGGAACCAAAUGGAAUAUCCAGAUGGCCAGGAGAAAAGUGGAUGAAAGAUUGUCAGGAAUGCGUCUGUGACAAAUAUACUCUUAAAGUGCACUGUAAAAAACACAAGUGUUCCCUGACACAGCAAGUAUUUUGUGAUGAACCAGGUUAUAUGCCUGUUCAGACACAGAUACCAGAAGACCCAUGCUGUACCAGGACUGAGUGCUACUGCAACACUAGCCUCUGCCCUGAGGUCACACACCAGUGCUUAGAGGGACAGGAAGUUGUCACAAUAAUGCAGCCUGGAAAAUGCUGUCCUACUUUUGAAUGUAGACAUGGAUGUGUAGUCAAUGAAACCUACUAUGCACCUGGAGCUGUCAUUCCAUCAGGCUCCUGUGAAGAAUGCACCUGCUCUGAAUCCUCCCAUUCAAGCCCCCACCAGCCUAUUGUCAAGUGCAAGCCAGUUAUCUGUGACACAUACUGCCCAGUGGGUUAUAAGUAUACAAAGAAACCUGGAGAGUGCUGUGGCACGUGCAAGGCAGCAGCCUGUAUAGUGACUGUAGGAGACAUCACACGUGUGCUCCAGGUUGGAGAACUCUGGAACCCACCUGUUGAUAACUGUACAACUUACACAUGUGAAAAAAAUGAUGACCAGUUCAUUCAAGUUGUCUUACAGAAAAGCUGUCCUCCCUUUAACCCUGAUGACUGUGAUCCAGAUGACAUUAAACUAUCUGAUGAUGGCUGCUGUAAAGAAUGCCAAGUAAAACUAAAGAGUUGUAUGAAGCACAAUACUACUACGGUAAUCAAAUAUCAUGGAUGUGUAUCUCCCGCACCAGUUGAGAUGGCAUACUGUGAAGGAAGCUGUGAUGCUUACUCACGAUAUUCUCCAGAGGCAAAUAUGAUGGAACAUAAAUGCUCAUGCUGUCAAGAAAUCAAGACCAGCCAAAGAAAAGUGACUCUGACAUGCAGGGACGGAACCUAUCUUGAUCACUCAUACACCUAUGUGGAGAAAUGCAGCUGUGUGAGCGCUGAGUGCAUUUCCCAAGUCAGCACCCAACAGGCAACAUACCAGAUAAAGACCUCUCAGGAACAAGCAGAUGUCUAAAAUUAGAACUAGAGAAAAGUCAUCAAAAAAGGGCUGAAUGUAAGACUAAAAAAAAGAAAAACUGAAAAAAAAACACAAAAGUGUCAAAAGCAGCUAAAAUUUUGGAUGAACAUGAUAUUUUCUGCAUACAAACUCAAUAUGACUGUCUACAUUAUUUCAGUUUUCAUUGCUAAUUUAUCUCCUAUUGUUUUUCAUGUGUUUUCUUUUACACCUUGAGAGGUACAGCAUAAGGUCAUUUUGACAUUUCCUGCUAGUUUGUUUGUCUUCUCAGAAGUGCUGUAAUGUAACACUGAAAGCUGGAUUUACACUUACACGAGUCUGUUCUGAGAACAGCAUUCUUUUCUGGCUUGACGCUUGCCUGUGGUGGCAUAACAUGGACACUUGACAAUAUCUAAUAUGUCCAUUAAUGUAGGCUGACCUUUUUAAUGACACUUUCAUUCCAGUUCAUCAACACAAAUCAAAAGCUAAAGUCCAGAAAACAAACCAACCCGAGGAAAACUGUACCUCUCUGUUUCUGUAGUUUUCUUUUUGCAUUACAGAAAACUUAGACUGCAGGAAGCCAUAUCUUCUCAAAACUAUAAACUUUAACAUUUUGAAAAAUUUAUAAUGGGCAUAUUUUCUUAUAUAUUCUCAUAAGAAAAAGAACUCUUAUCAUGAGAAGCUGCUGCACACUACACUUUGUUUACAUAACACCAUCAUCAUGGUAACUGUAUGAAAAUAUGGAUUUUUUUUUGUUUCUGAUUAACUGUUUACAGAAGUAUACAUAUAUAUAUAUAUUUGCCAACAGGGCAUAUGAAGGAGUUUUGUAAAAAAAAAAAAAAAAAUAAUAAUAAUAAUAGUAAAUUCUUUCCUAGGAAGCUUUUAAAAGUUGAACCAUUGCUAUUUAUUUUGUUUUUGGAAAAUUGAUUUAUUGGGUCAUUACUUUCAGAAUUAAUAAUAUUCCAUUUCUUAGUCAUGUUAUCUGGGUGUGGCAUAUUUUUGUCUUCUAUUUUGUUUUGAAAUAUUUUUUUCCUUAUGAAAAAGUAAUGAUGAUUAAUAAAUUUUUAGCAUUUUACAACA